GCAUGAAUCAAAAUUCAUUCAUGACGUGGUGGAAGAGAUUUCAAUGCGGCUAUUAAAUCGAACCUAUUUGAAUGUGGCGAAGUACCCAGUUGGAAUCGAAUCUCUUGUUCAAGAGAUGGAUAAGCUUUUAGAUGUUGGGAGAAAUAUAGUUCGUAUGGUAGGGAUAUGGGGAACUGGUGGAAUAGGUAAGACAACACUUGCUAAAGCCGUUUAUAACUCAAUUUCCUAUAAGUUCGAAGGUAGCUGUUUUUUAGCAAAUGUUAGAGAAACCACAAUGAGACAUGGAGGUGUCGUCCAACUACAAAACGUUCUUCUUUCUGAGGUAAUAGGGGGAACAGAAUUGAAGGUGACUAAUGUUGAUAAAGGAAUGAAUGUGAUAAAGCAAAGGUUGAGCCAUAAAAGGGUUCUCUUAAUUCUUGAUGACGUGAAUCAUUUGGACCAGUUAAACAAAUUAGCUGGAGGGUCUGAUUGGUUUGGUUUGGGCAGUAGAAUUAUCAUAACCACAAGGGAUAAGCAUUUGCUAGUUGCUCACCAAGUUAAUCACAUAUACAAGGUCACAGAAUUGGAUCAUCAUGAAGCUUCGAAGCUCUUUACUUGGAAUGCCUUCAGAGAUAGACGUCUGGAUGAUAAUUAUGUGAAACUUGUAAUGAGUGUAGUACAAUAUGCUCAUGGCCUUCCAUUAGCUUUGAUUGUUUUAGGUUCACUUCUAUGUGGUAGAAGUAUACAUCAGUGGCAAGCAGCAUUAGAUAAUUACAGAAGAGUUCCUAACCAAGAGAUUCAAGAAAUUCUCAAAGUAAGUUAUUAUGCACUAGAAGAUCCGGUGAAAGAAAUUUUCCUUGAUAUUGCAUGUUUUUAUAAAGGUGAAAAUAAGGACUAUGUGAUGCGAAUACUGGAAUGUUGUGAGCUGAACCCUAAGUAUGGUAUUGAAGUACUCAUAGAGAAGGCUCUUAUAAAUAUUGAGGGUGAUCAUAUUGGGAUGCAUGACUUGCUAGAAGAAAUGGGUAAAGAAAUCGUUCGCCAAGAGUCACCAACUGAGCCUGGUAAUCGUAGCAGAUUGUGGUUUCACGAGGAUAUUUACCAUGUUCUAACGGAAAACACAGGAACAAGUAAAAUUAAAGGAAUCGUGGUAAAGUUGCCCGAGUCAUAUGAAAUAUGCUUGAAUGCUCAAAGUUUUUCACAAAUGAAGAAUCUUCAAGUUUUUAUCAACUGCAAUGCUCGUUUUUCUGGAGAUAUCGAUUAUCUGCCCAAUGAGCUAAGGUUCCUUGACUGGCCUGAAUGUCCGUGUCAAUCUCUGCCAUCAAAUUUUAAUCCAAGGAAACUUGUUCAACUCAAUAUGCCUCGCAGCGGCCUGUUACGACUAGGGGAGGGAUUCAAGAGUUCGCAACAUCUGAAAUCUAUAAAUUUCGAAAGCUGUAAGUUCCUAACGAAAAUUCCCAACUUCUCUCGAAUCCCGAACUUAGAGGAAUUGAAUCUGAAGUACUGUGGAAGUUUAGUUGAGGUUGAUCCUUCUGUUGGGUUCCUUGAUAAACUUGUUCACUUGAGGCUUAAUGGGUGCUAUAACCUUAGAGUUUUUCCAAGAAGAAUGAACUUGAAAUCUCUGCGAAGGAUGAAUCUUGAAGGCUGCACAAGGCUUGAGAAUUUCCCUGAAAUAGAGGGGAAUAUGAAAUCCUUAAUAUGGAUGGAUCUAUCCCGAACUGCCAUCAAACAAUUGCCUUCGUCAAUUGGAAAUCUCAUUGGUCUUGAAAAGUUAUAUAUACAUGGAUGUGAGAACCUUACAAGUCUUCCAUGCAGCAUUUAUCGGUUGCAGCAUCUAAAGAUGGUUUCCAUCUAUCAAUGCCAAAAACUUGUUACAUUUCCGAAUAAGGUUAACCCUGAACCUUCAUGCAGUGCAGAAGCACUUUCCUUAGUGCUUCCAACUAAGUCUUCAAACAUUUCACGUGGAAAAAACGGCUCCUUAGCAUUUCCCAAGCUCUGGAAAUUCGAUGUGGGAAGAUGCAAUUUAUCAGAAAGUAAUUUCCUGCAGACUCUCGAUUGCGGGUCCACUUUAGAAGUACUUGAUCUCUCAGGAAGCGAUUUUGUUAAUCUUCCCUUGUGCAUUAGAAAAUUUGUCAACUUGCGGAUGCUUAACUUGCGUGGCUGUAAGAGGCUUGGAGAAAUUCCCCAACUCCCAUCCGGAAUAGAACGAGUGGAUGCAACUGAUUGCAUAUCAUUGGAAGAAUUUUCGAACUUGUCAAACAUUCUGGAAGGCAGAGACUCGCAUAUGAUUGGUUGGAUGAACUUGACUAAUUGCCGGAGACUGUGUGACAAUCUGGCCGGUGUGGCAAAGAUGAAAAAGAUUGUACUGUGUCCGGUUGUUCUGUCCUCUCUGUUUCUCGCCCAACAAUCUGUGGUUGAGGUUGUGUUUCCAGGAAGUGAGGUUCCAAAGUGGUUCAGCUGUUGUAGGGAUUUGAAGGAGCGUCGUGAAUGUGAAGUUUCUGUUGAAGUCCCUCCCAAUUUCAAAUGGUCAAAAACAGGGUUGGCUCUCUGUGCUGCUGUUGAAAUCAAGCAACACAGUUUUGGCAAUUGUGGCUUGAUAGCCAGAGUUUACAUGGAUGAAGAAUGUUCUCAUGAACAUGUGGUUUAUUUCGAUUCGAAAGAGAUGGAGUCAGCUCAUCUGUGGCUGUAUUAUAUCCCAUUCCAUACAAUGAUAGCCAAGACAAGAAGUGGCUCGCCACCUUAUAAGUGCCAA